AGGCAUGCGUACUGGUGCUUUUGUUAGAGGCUCAGAGCACAUGGCGGGUUUCUGAAAGUCCCAAACAUUCCUCGGAUUUGAUAGUGCAAAUAUUUUGCACAACUGUCAUUUUUUACAAGGAAACAUUUCCCCACUCAUGUCUUCUUGAUCUACGAUUGCAUUCUCAUGACCCUGGACGAUGGGUUUUUCGGGAUUUUUGGAGUAUAUCGAGCGGAUUUGCCCGCAGGCGUGCGAAAGAGUCGACCUGGGACAACUCGCGAGAAAACGGCUUCAGCAGAGCGCGGGGCCCGGCCGUCGUGGCCGGGCCCUGGUCGGCCAAAACCCUCUCUUUCUUCUGGUGGACGCGGAGAGCUGUUUACACCGUCUGUAUGGCGGGAGUUUCACGGACUGGGUAUGUGGUGGUGAGUGGAAUAACAUGUUCCACUUUGUGGACAAUCUCGCCCGUGCAUGCCGAAGCAACAACAUCAAGCUUAUCGUGUUUUUCUCCGGGAGUUUGGAGAAGGGACGAAUACAAGAAUGGAUCAAGACGCAAAACCAGGCUCGGAACACGGCUUACCAAGUUUUGUCCCACGUCCACAACAAGGGAACCCCUCCACCAAAGGCGUGGUUCACACCUCCAGUGGCCAUCGAUACCUGCGUGCGUCUGGCCAUGCGCCAGUGCGGCAUCACCACCUUCAGCAGUAAUCGGGACCACCCCCGCGAGGUCAUCACCUACCUGCGCCAGUACGGCUGCCACGGCAUCCUGGCCCAGACGCCCGAGUUUGCCCUCUUUGACCCCCCUCUGCUGUUCUCCUCCCACCUGAUGAAGCUGACCAAGAAGGGGGAGCUGCUGUCUGUCCAGUACUCCAUGGAGGAGGUGGCCAAGACGCUCAAUCUGCACCCGGAGAGAUUCGUCAUCCUCGCUGCCUUGCUUGGCAAUCACAUUCUGACGGAGGAAGAUCUGGCCCUGUUCCACUGGUCACUGCUUGGCCCGGACCACCCACUCAACGGACUCAGACUGAGGGCCCAGCAGCUGAUUUUACCCCCCUUGGACGUCAUCAUCAACACGGUCAGCGAGUACGUGCGCAACCUGCCGGACACCCGCAACCUGGAAGCCGUGGCCCGCGACGUCUUCAAGAGCUCCACCUCGCGCACCGAGGAGAAGAUUCGGCGCUUCAAGGCCUGCGUGGAGUACUACUGGUACGGCACCCGGGAGGCCUGGACCAGGUCAAGGGGCAAAGUGCCCAAGUUCAGUCAUUAUUCCUCCAGCGGUCAGCACAACAAUGUGUCCCACAAGAAUCAGGCCAACACUCAAACCACUCAGGAGUCGGCCGCUCCACAGAUCGUUGUCCAGGCCCCUGAACAGCCGCAGUCUGACUUGGAAAAGGAAUUGACGGACGACAUCCACGCACAGAUGGAGGAAGACCUGGAGCAACGAAUGACCGAUAUGACCUUAGAGACCAUCGAGGAUAGCCUGAGUGAAGGGGAAGGGACGGAGGGCAAAGCAGGCAGCCAACAGAGGCCCCAGACGUCAACACGCAGUAAGACUUCACAGGAUCCCCAGCUACCUUCCUCCAGCAGCAGCCUCUCCUCCAAGCCACCCACGACGUCCUCAACGACCGAGGCCCAGUCAUCAGACACCUCCUCCACCACCGCGACCUCUCGUUCCUCCAUCCCCUCCCUGAUGGAGCAACCCAUCCUCCCUUGCCUGCUGGUGGAAGCCCCGCCCCUCCCCUUCGUCGCUCCGGAGGUCUUGAGGAUAGCUAAGCAUCGGCAUGAGACGGGAACCAUGAUGGCCCAAGUGGCCCAGGCACUCAGAUGGGGUGAGAUUAAGAUUGGUGUGACCCUGGAGGAUGAGAUGAGUGGUGAGUUUCCUCUCUCCACCCAUCUUUUCCGGCCGAUCCGUCAGAAGGUCUACGGCAUCCUCUUCAGCUGUCAGCAUCUCAAGGAGGUCAAUGGGAGCGGUGAGAUGCCCAAGGUGGUCCUGAAGGAGUGGCUGAUCCGCCGUGAAUCCACCCUCCCUAAGCCGGACCUGGUAGAAGCCACGCCCAUGGAGUGGUUAGUCCCGCCCAUCCAGCGGCUGUGGCUGGGCCGUGAGCCUGAAGACAAGACUAUGAGGUUGAGGGCGUUCUUGUCCUGUAUGUACAGUGACUCCCCGGCUAUGCUCAAGACCACCUAUGUACCCAGGCAUGCUAUCAUACUGUGCUGUGUACUCAGGUACAUGCUUCACUUCAGUCCUCCCAUUCUCAGGAGACAUGAGUUAGAUGCUCUCCUGGCUCAGAGUGUCUCCCCAUGCCUCAACCAACCGCAGACAUUACAGGAACUCAGGGUUCCUAGCAUUACAGCCCGCGGUGUGCAGUUAGCAGCGAUCUUCAUGCGCGGUGUGGAGGCGGCGUUAUUCGCCAACGAUGCCUGUGGCGCACCCAUCCCGUGGGAGCUGUGCUGCCCGUGGCUGUACUUCGACGGCAAGUUAUUCCAGUACAAGCUGCACCGCGCCAUGACCGGCAGCAACCUGAGGGACCUGUGUGAUGGCAAGAUGGACCAAGUAGGUAAAGUAGAGCGCAUGCGUCAAUGCAUCCAGGAAGGCGUCCACAUUGACUUUGCCCGGCCAGUCAUUCCUCACAUGGGCCACCCCCAUCAGUUCCCACCACAGGAGUAUUACUACAACUUCCGGCCGGCCGGUGCCGGCGUGCCACAGAUCCCUCCGCAGAUGGGCCGAGGCAGGGGCAUGCCAGGCAAGCGACCUCCUGUACCUGGUCCUGGGGGUCGUUUAGAGGUCGCCGGGGUCGUCGUUGGUGAAUGGGCAGGAAGUGAUGGGUCAAGGGGCAGAGGUGGUAUGUAUUCAGGUUCAGGCACAGCAGUGAGAGGGGGCCGGCCAAACCAGAGAGGAGGUAUGGGACGCGGUACCUAUGGCAACGGAGCAAUGCAUGGGUACUUCCCAGCUGGACCACAACAGAUGUGGGGCGUACCAGACGCAAGGCAACAGCAACUUUACGGGGAUCCCGGGCCUGGCUACCGACGGCAGAACCAGAGCAAGCCCAAGCCUAAGAAGACCCAGAGAAAUAACGGCGACGGAAGCGGCGUAGGCAAAGGACGAGGCAGGGGCAUGACCAUCGAGACCGAAGAACCGUCAGCCGGGGGCGCUGCAGACACUGAGAGGGUCGAAGAAGAAGAAGAAGGGUACGCGGUGGAGGAACAGGCCAAAUUGAGCGCGUCGGAUUCGGUCAGUGAUACCAGCAGCUCGGAGGAAGACGUACCGGGAGCCUUCAGCGACGCCAAGGAGACCCUGUCACCGAUGACCGACUUCAACCCCGCCCCGACAGACUUUCAAGGUGCCUCGGAAGACGUGGUGUCGAGUUACCACGAAGGUGGAUAUGAUCUUCCUGGUACCCACCACGCGGGACCACCUUAUAAUGGGGGUGUGGACACCGUGCACGCCGAGGGCGGAGAUGUGGGAGACCCGUAAAAACGAAAACCGAGGAUCUCUUUGCUCGUUUCUCUUCUGUUUGUUUUUUACUGAUGGAAAUUAAAAAAGAUAGGAUGAGAGUUAAUAUUUUUUGGAUUGAUGUGUGCUGAAUGGAUGUUGGCAACAAACAAAACAAAUUUAUAAUAAAAUUAUGAGGAAAAAAAACAGAUGAUGUAAAAAAAAAAAAAAUGUGAAGGUUAUUGAAAAGGGAGGCGCUUUUUUCCCUAUGAAAUAGGGAAAAAAGUUGCCGGGUUUGGAGCGCUAAAAAUUCUUGAGUGGUUUAGUGACUGCAGUUUUUGUACCAACUUGUUAUCUUAACCCUCGUGUUAGAUCUCUUUGUCUCACCACUAGAGGGCGUCCUUGCUCUUUUGGGGGCAGCGAGUAGUUGGUAAUAGAUGCAUGUGGCUUUUUGUAUAUCCAUCCAUCACACAUCAGCGGUAGGUCAAAGGUCAUGACCUUUGACAUCAACUCAUCUCGGCAGCUGCGUUCAUAUCAUCUGAGCACUAAGAAUGAUUCCGCGGUCUCGGUGGUGGUUCACGUUGGAACUUUUGGUGGAAUUUGGCAAAGAUACUAGGGGCAUUAUCUUGUAUUUGUCUCUGCUUCGAUCAGCAUAAACAGAGUAGUAAAGUUGAGGUCGGUUUAUGUGAAACACAAAACCUUCAGCGUUGCCCGAAAUCUGUACGUCACCGUUAGUUCUGAGUACAUUUGGAAUGAUUGUCAUAAACUCUAUGGAUUAGCAUUGUCAUGUGAACACACGAUUCUGAAAGUAACCCGGUAAGUGUCACUCAGAUAAAGUCUCUGGAAAGUUUCAAAAGGGCAAACAGGUUAGGGACGAAAUUUGUAACCAAGUGCAGUGAUGAAAUGGGGCCCGUAUCGUCACAAAAACCUUCGACACGAAGCUAAAAAAGUAGUUCGUUUGUUAGUUUUGGUGGAACGAAACGGACUUUAACCAUAUGUACAUUCAGCUUGACAUAUCCGUACUUGAUAUGCAGAGUAUUGCAAGCAAUGUCACAUUUUUAUGCACAUUUUACCCACAACGACAUAGUGCCUUUUGAAAAAACAAAACAAAAAACUCCUUGAGAGAAUUCCGCCUUCCUCCAGGGCCUGACAUUUUGACUGUCACUUCUUGAUUCCUACUAUGCAGCACAGCACAGUUUUUUUUUGUAUUUCUAAACAACCCCUUUGAUAAAAGAGAGUUUUUUCUUUCUUGUACAGCCCUUUCUUAAAAGAAAAAAAGAACAAAUAUGGCCUUCAUUUGAUAAAAGACGAACUCAGGUUUUGCUCAUGUUGUUUACAGUACAUAAAGAAAAAUUAUCAAAAGGAGACCAAAUCAUACAAACAUUGAAAAUGCAAAUUUGGAAGAUGGUAAUUUAAUCCCCGUUAGACAAAUCGGUAAGUCCAGUCCAAAGAUCCAAAAAUCCACUAUUGCCCGUUGCUUGUUGCAUUCGCAUCAAGAAAGGGAAAAAAAAAUACUGGGAAAAACGCAGCAGUUUCUGGAAGGAAGCAUUUGUCAGAGUAACGAUCAUCUUCCUUGCUCGCAAACAUUGUUGCAACCAUGCAUCAGGAUCCAAGGAAUAGGGGGGGGGGGGGGAACAUCUGGGAGCUUGUCACAUUGCCUUGUCUAGUUCCCAGAUCAAUUUACUUGAAACUCAAUGGUUCUUGAGUCUGGAGUGCUGAAUGGUAACUCAUCGCAACCAGUGAAACUGGUGUGCAAAUGAAUAGAGGUUUUCGCUGGCUGUAGUAAUCCCGCCCCUACUUAUUGGGGGGGGGGGGGGGUAACAGCCAUCAAAAUAAGCCCAGCAUUUUUCUCAAGACUCAGAUAAACUGAGACUCAAUAGAAUUUGGUAAAACAAAAAAACCCUUACAUGAGGGGACGAAUUUAUGCAAUUAGGCCCAUCAACUGAGAACUGUAGUGGUUCUUAUUUUGAUAAAUACUGUGUUGUGUAUAGCAGGCAAGCAUAGGUCGUUGUCAGCAGUCAAAAUGAAUGUUAGCCUAUACUGUGUUGUCUUUGCGCACGCGAAAAAAAUGUUACCGACGCAAGAAUUUUUUUUAAAAACUGUUGUGGGUCAUUGUGCAUUUUUGGAGAAAUCUGUUGCAAAAAUGUGUGACAAGAAAGACUUGUUUUAUUUUCAAGUUAGAUAAUGUUAUAUAUAUGAUGCCAUAUCAUGAUUAUUGCUGUUUCGAUUGUCGUCUGAAAAAAAACCUGCUGUAAUUUUAAGCUUAGUAUUUAUUUGCGUUAUUUUUUAACGUGUAUCAUGUUAGGACUACAGGGAGCUAGGCUGAUUUGUGUGAACGGACAUAUGGCCCAAGUAUUUGUAGUUCGCGGCUGCUGUUAUGUCCGUGCACGCAAGAUGUACAGCGCCCCCUGUAGUCAAAACACGGCCAAUCCGGUUCAAGUGGUCGUUCAUGAGAUUUUGGUUUGAUAUCUUGAACGUUAUCACAGUGUUGAAUAUCACAAUCUUUUCAUUUGAGAUAAAAAAUUAACCAUCUUUUUUUUUGGGCCAAUCUGUUUAAAGUCACAUUAAUAAACCUUUUUAAGUGGAAAAACAAACUUUGGUAAUUAAAAAUUGACUGAAAAUUUAAUCCUAACCGUAUUAAGUAAUGAAUUAAGGAUUUGUAGAGAAAAGUCCACCAAUAUAAGUGUAAAGAAAAAAAAAAGUAACGAAAAGUGAAGAUUUUGUGAGAUUUGAUUGUCCAUAUGUAGACACAAUAGUUAAAAUGCAUGCUGUAUAACCUAAUUCAUGUAGUGAAUAUACCCUAAACUAAGACCUUUUAUGCUUUGUAUUUACAAGUUGCCACAGUAAUUGUUUUGCUUCAUUAAAGCCUAAAUACACCAAAACAAAAUCUGUUUUCCAUCAUUCAUGGUAGUUACAUAGACAGGGAUGAAGAAAUAACUGCAAAAAAAUAAUGUUCAUAUUAUAGUUCGUUUAGACCCUAGUUUAAUGUUCAAAAAGUCCUUUUCCAAGAAAAAAAUGGGGGGAAAAAUUAGAAAAGUAGUAUUUUGUAUGUUUUUGACUCUUCAAUUAGGCUUGUGUUGUCCAAUGGUUGUGUGAUGUGCAUACCAAUUUAUUUACCUUUGAAAACAUAGUUCAUUUUAAAAAUUGUUUGAUCAAAUAUAUUUGAUUUAUGUGAUUCACAGAUAUCCUCUCGUGUAGGAUAGUUUGAAAAAUUGUAUAUCCAACUAAUAAUAUGUUGUUUUCGUUUCUAUUUUCAGUUUCAUUAUGAAACUGAUUGAAAUUUAUUUUGUAGAUAUAAUUAUGCAGUCAAAACUUAGAUCAGGCCCGCCCUCCAGAGUAUGAAUUUGAAGACAUUCUGUGAAUGUCAUUAAACCAGAUAAAAAAAACACAAAUUGUUUUAUCCAGAAUUCAAACUUUUUAAAACAAAAUGGCACCUCAAUCACUUUUAAAACCAAGAAAUAUUGAAAUUGGAGAAAUUUGUUCCCGCCUUUUUCCCACGAGACAAACCAAACUUUGAGCCUCUGGUUUCGAUAAUUCCAUAGCCUUUUCAGCUUACAUUUUACAAACCAUUUAGUGCCAACACAUUUCCAUCAUCAAAAAGUUAAUUACUUACCUAAUUUGAAUUCAAAUUUAGUUGUCCAUAUUUUGUUUUGAUUAUGGUGUUUUAUAAAAACAAGUGAUAAAUUAACCACUGCAUGUCAGUGCAUGUGUGUUGAAACCAUAGAGCUAUAUUAAAUUACUAGAGCGCUAACUCUUCAAGGCGCAGACAUUUUGAAUUUAUGUGCGUGUUUGUAGAACACAAUCAAAAUAGAUGGAUUGAAUUUUAAAAGUGUACUCUAAAUGCAACGCGCAAGUAGAACAUACGCAAACAACUUAAGCGUGUCAUGACGGUUCAAAAAAUGUCACGGCGAAAGGCAUCUGCAGCAGAGGGACGCGCACACGUUGCGCUGUUUGCGUAGAGCAAAAUGAAACGUUCAUUUGCUGAUUGUGCGUUUUGGUUUUGGGCGUAUCGGCUUCGAUGACGCACCUGUAUGGAAUACAAAUGCAGAUAUGCAAAUAGCCGUACAAAAGCCGUACAACAUUUUGAGUUUUCCAUAGGUUUGUGUACAAACAUGGAUGCACCCAUCAGGCAUUACUUUGUACAUUGAGUUAGCGCUCGAGUAAUUUAAUAUAGUUCUAUGGUUGAAACUGAACGGACUGAUGACCCUGCCGACAUCUUUGUUUGGUACCCAUUAUAUCAUACAUUGUAAUAUCACUGAGAAUGUAGAAUGCACCAGCCUGCAUAUUGCCAGUGAUUUUUGCUUUGGGGAAACAAACAUAACCGCAGCUAAAAUAGGUCUACAAUCAGUUUGCCCUUGACUAUGUUUAUAUAAGUAUUUGAUUAUUUUACAAAUGUAGUUGUUUGUUAACUUUUUUCAAGUUUUGUUACUAGUCAUUUGUUGACAGGUUUAGCAAUAGCGCCAUUUUUCUAGGAUUAUUAACGGUCCCUAUUUGCAGUCCUAUCCAACAAAGUAGUAUGUCCUCUGCUUAAAAGUAUAGAAAGCUUUAGUUAAGAAUUUUACAUCGUAGAUUAUACAACUUAUUGUGUUCAGACCUUGACUUUUUAAAGAUAUAAACCUAUAUUCCGAGUGUGAUGGUGUUCUGUGUCCAUUAUACAUUUAGUCCAGUCUUGUUUGAAGACUGUAAGAUUGUAUCAAGAUAACUUUUCCCUUUUUGAGAGAGACGUUUCCAUGCCAUAAUUUGGCCAAAUUUUAUCAAAAUUGGGUAAACCUCCAAUUCAGUAAAGAUUGGAAUGAUCGAAAACUUCCGAACCAGACCAAAAGAAUCAUUUUGUAUCCAAAACAGUUGAGGGAAUAUUAUUUUGUACGCAUAUGCAGCCAUCUUGGUGUGGUACCUAGAAGACAAAGCAGUGGUCUUCAUGCAGUUGGUUGUUGGUAUCACAGGUACCAGACUAAUAAGCCUCACUCUGAAAGUCAAGAUGGUUGCAUAUGUACAUGUAAGUUUUGGCGUCGAAAGAUAAUUUAAACUGCUUUUCUCUUCUUCUUUUUUACAAACACGGUAGUGAAUAUCAACAAUCAACAAAGAGAUCUGAUACGUUGCUUUAUUGGUCUGUGCUAAAGCCAGUGCUUGUCUUUAUUGAAAUGUCAACGCAUGCGACACUGUGUGGCGUCUGCUCAACACCUGUAAAUUGAAAUAAAUUGCUGUUAAAUGCCAGUAAGAUAAUUAAAUGUUUAAGUAACGAUUGUUUGUAGAAACGCUAACUUUAUCUGUGCUUUUAUUUAGGACUGUAAGUUGUAUAUAUGCCUCCGUUCUAUUGCACAUUGCAUUUUCAGUGGACAUGUUGUUAUCUGACGGGCCACUUGGGGAAUCAAAGAAUAUGGAUGCCGAACAGACAAAAGAAAGAAAAAAAUCCCGGGCAUAAUUUUGGAAGGCGGUUUGCUUUUUGCAACUGAGUAACUUCAUGGUGCAGAGAUUUCAACAUUAUUUGCCAACUCUCCCAAACACUUAAACAGAAAGUAACGCCAGUUUUGUUGGUGUUCAUGCUUCGUUUUUUUUUUUUUGAAAAUCAGUAUUGCAGAGCAGACAGAAAUCUUACAAUUUCAUAACGGCAAGCAUUUUCGUGAUGACUUUUGUUAAAAAACAAGAACUUGAAUAAACUCCAAAAAUUUUCAUCUAUUAGAUUUUACGCCUUUUUUUUUCAAUGAUUAGAAGAUUGAAAAGAAAAGAAACAAGUCGUUACGAUAUUUCAGUUGUUUUUGCCAAAUGCCUGCAGUUCUUCAUUUCUAAUUAUUUCAGUUUUCCAUCCAUACACUGUACGUAAAGAUGCAUUAAAAUUUUAAUUUGCCUGUCCAGACACAUUAAAACAAAAUGUCAGUUUGAUGGUCAUAUAAUUUGUGAUUUGGGCAUCCGCUUUGCAAAUAAAUACAUUUCAAUUUGAUGGCUUAGAACAUUUCA